CCCGCUCAGCCUCUGCCACAUCACUUACCUCCCUCCAAAAGCCUGACGACCUUGCCCUGGUGAGUAGAAUUCGAGAUUCAAGCGAUCGUGAUGAGACACUUCGUGGUUGGGCUCUAUCGGUGCUACGCCACAGUUACACACUGCGGGCUUUCGAGAUCUCGCCAUGCCGCUCGUCUGCAGGUUUUGGACACGAGGCGCGUUCAAAGCUGCCUUGCCAUCCUCCCGUAUCAUGCUCUCCACCUAUGCUAUCACAACACCAGACGAGGGGAUACCCGGCAUUGAAAUAUCCCUUGAUCAGGUCGUCGGGCCCAAUGCCGCCCCGGGGGGACAUCGUCUUACUCAAAACGCAGCAGCGUGCAGAGCAUAAUUUCUCACUAAAACAAGGCCACUCUGCUUGAUUCAUUCACCAGUUGCUUGCGCUUGUUCUUGGAACGGGCCGUGCGAUUGAUCUGUGUACAGCAGAACAUGGUUACACCGAAGGAAAUUCAGGCCGGGAACUGUCCCUCCCAAGGAUCCACACGUAUUCUCAAGCCUAUGGGAGAUGGCGAGGUGUAUCAUACGAGGAGCCCAUUUGACCGACACCCUUACUUCAAUCCUUUCUCUGACAUGACUCUUCCUUUGAGAUUCGAUUACCCUUUGACAAACCGCUAACCUAACUUCUACAUUCAGGUACGGUUGGACAUUCUACUUAACUUACGGUGAGGAUGAAGUGAGAGUCCUGCCUAUCUAUUCGCCUAUAUAUUCAAUAUAGCUGCGUUCUGUGUUGUC